AUGCCACGUACAAGAAGUGGUGACCACACCAGACCUACUGCAAUUGUACGUAGGUGUGCAGUUGUAGAUGAGGAGCAAGAGAUUUACAAAGCUCUCAAACAUAUUGUCGCUGAUGAUGUUGCACCUGAAGAUGUUGUGUUUGGUGGUGGACCUAAGGACAAAUCAGUCCUUACUAAAUAUGUUGAUCACAUGGCUUGUAAAUUGUGGGAUAGCUUGGACUGUGGAGAGUUAAAGCUAGUAGCACAUGGAAGGAAGUUGAGGGAUUUGCCCCCCCUCCCCCAUAAGGAGAUCAUGCAAUUGGUGCAAGUUUUAGGGUUACUUUCAUUGACUAAAUGUAGUUAUGAAACCAUUGACAAGGGACUUUUAUUUGCUUUUACUGAGAGGUGGCAUCGUGAGACCAACACAUUUCAUUUGCCAAUAGGAGAGAUGACAAUCACACUUAAUGAUGUGUCAUCAUUGCUACAUAUUCCUAUUGUUGGUGGUUUUUAUAGUUACCCGCACACGUCUAAGGACGUGGCCAUUGCAUAG